CUGACGAAGUUUGGCGACGAAGAUCGAAGCGAAGACCAGCGGCGAUCGAAGCGAAGACCGGCGAGCGAUCAAGGUGACUUCAACGAUCAGGCGAGCGCAAUCCAAGAUACUCCUGCAUGUACGCAAGAGGAGCAGGUCGAGGUCGGGGCAGGGGACGAGGAAGGUGGUCGGGCUGUAAUAGGUACUGGAUGGAGUACCAAAAUACUCCUCCAGCCACUAAUGCGAUUGCGCAGCCCAGCCCGUCUCCCGCACCAGGGGUAGUUCCACCAGUGGCGUAUCCCCUGUAUCCAUACGGAUGGGUUACUCCUCUGGUCCAACUGCCGCCACCUUCGACGUGGCAACAAGGGGCGAUGAGCUACCCUCCGCCUGCGAGGGAGAGAGAAAAGCAAGGUCCAGCCGCAAAUGCCUUUCCAGGCCCAGGUAAUAGGGCCUGGUUCACUCGUGAGCACUUGGAGCUCAUUGAGAGAUGGAAGAAUAGAGACCUGCUCGAAGAUUCGAAACGAAAGAAUGAAGAAUCUGGAGAGUGCAGCAAGAGCGAGAACACGAGGAAGGCAAAAGGGAAAGCGAAGUCCGAGGAUGGCGAGCAGAGACUGAAGAAUUGGAUGGCCACAAAUUUCGGCGCUUCAUUCAAGAAGAUUGCGGAUAAGCUGGACGAAGUGGAUAAGAAGACGAAGGAAGCCGAUCACGAACGAGUGAAGCUUAUGCAGAAGGUCGCUGAAUUAGACACAGGUCAUAACGAGGACGCCGGGAGCAACGAGAAACGGAAACGAGUCAUCAACGCGAACUCACCCUUACCGGAAAGACAGAAGUCGAGGUCGCGGUCACGCAGCGGCGGCAUUAAGAUCCGACAACCAAGCAUUUUGGUUUCGUCCGAUGAUGAAGACAAGAACAGCGCCCCGCAGAGAACGAAGAUCGAAGGUGAACCAAGCGACCGCACCGAUGAGCCAGUAAAGCUCGAUGAUGUCAUGAAGAUGUUGGCUAUUAUAGCCAACAAAGUUAAUCUUGAGGAUGCCUCCUGAACUGAGAAGGGCGAGGGGGCAGAUGCGACUAAGGCCAACACUGUGCACAACACUGAGACUACGGAUGGUAAGAGCGAGGAGUCCGACGAAGAUGCAAACAAACUACUGGUCAACAG